AUGAAGAAGCCAAAGGCGACGCGAUCGGUCCUCCACAUUGAUGGCAGAACAGGCGAAGGAGGUGGACAGCUGAUCCGCAUAGCAUGCGCGAUCGCUUCUGUUAUUACCCAGCCUAUUCGCAUCACGAACGUGAGGGGAAACCGCGAUCGCGGCGGAGGACUCAAAGCUCAACACGUAGCUUCCAUCGAAUGGCUCGCCAAGGUAACCGAUGCUGAAGUUAAUGGCCUUACCGUCGGUAGCACCACCCUCGAGUUUAAGCCGCGGGAAACUCCCGCCACUUCCAAGCUCUUCACCGGAAUUCACGAUCGCACCGUCAAGAUUGCUGCCGAUUCCGCCGCGGCAAGCACCUUGCUUAUUUUCCAAGCAAUUUUCCCCUUCCUCCUCUUUGCCGGCGGAAAUACGGGCAAGAGACAAGACCACCCGGAGCACAUCGACGUCGAAAUUUCGGGCGGCACCAAUGUCUCCUUUUCUCUCUCUUACGAAUACCUGGACCAAGUCCUCCUACCAAGCCUCGAGCAAGCAUUUGGCAUUGUCGUCGAGCGCAAGCUCAGGACACGCGGCUGGAACCUCGGAAAGAUGCAGCGCGGCACUGUGGCCUUCCGCAUUCACCCCAUUCGAGUCGGCGAUUCACUGCGCCUCCGGAACCCGACAGCCUGCACCAUGAAGGGCAGAAACAGAAAAGGCGAGGAUUUCGAUCUUGAAGCCAUCGAUGUCUCCAUCAUUGCGCCGACAGACAUGCACGAGUCUCUCUCCCAAGCGCUGGUCCAAAACCUAGGCGACCUUUUCCCCGACGUGGAAGUCAUUUUCAAGCCGAUGGAGGACAGCGGGGCCAACACGCGCAUCUACGUUCUUCUAGUCGCGCGCUCGUGGCCAUCCGAUGUCGAAGGAGAAGCCGGCGCUGGCGCCGUGUUGAGAUGGGGUAGGGACAUCCUUACUUCGAUGCCCAAAGCAGCCAACUCAAAGAAAGGCAAGAACAAGGCUCUGUACGACGAGGUUUCUACCGGCGGCGUGGUAGACGAGUUCCUUCAGGACCAGCUGGUCAUCUUCCAGGCACUGGCGAGUGGGCUUUCGGCCUUCCCUCGUGGCAAUAGCGAUCCGGCCGACGAUAAUGUCUCGGGACCGGGCAUCGAGGCGGCCAUGGCGGCACUGGACCUCACUGACAAGAAUGCCACGCAAGGGCUCCGGAAGGAUAAGACCGCCGAGCCGUUUGGCGAAGGCACUCUCCACGCGAAGACGGCACGCUGGAUGGUCAGCGAGCUUUUGCCCAACGUCAAGUUCUACAACAAGGGCAAGGUCUGCGAGGGCGUCGGCUUCGCCGUUGAGAAACCUUAA